GCAACACAACUGCUACGCCUGCCACUCUAUCUCACGCCUCUCCUGCUGCCUCUCAUAUUGGCAGUGCUCAGCUCCUUUCACAUCCGGAUUACUAUCCAUCGCCAUCAUCAUCAUGGGUAGCGACGCUCUCGCGAUAGAAAACCGAAAGGACCUGGUCGUGGUCGUGAAUGUCAUUCUCUCCUUCUCGACCCUGUCGGCCCUCUCACUACGAUUUGCCAAAGUCACAGGAAAUGCAAAGCAACGAAAAUUCGAUGCGCAGAAUAUCAUGAUCUGCUUGGCGGGUUUCUGCGGAGUUAUGAUGUCUCUAUUACAAUGUGUCGCGACAAAAUAUGGUCUGGGCAGCCAUGACUGGGAUGCUCAGACAUCAGACCAAGUCACAUUCUACAAGUUAUACAUCUCAAUAUUCUGCUUCUACUUGGCAUGCAACAUGUUUGUCAAGUUCGCCCUUCUCUUCUUCUAUCGCCAUACGACCUACGAGCGUUGGCACCACUGGGUGAUCUGGUUCAUGGAAUUUAUCGCUUUCGGCUUCGGCGUCAGCAGCAUUCUUGUCAUCAUCUUCCAGUGCGUGCCUAUCGCACAUCUUUGGGAUCCAAACACCCCCGGUACCUGCGUCGACAUCAAGGCUUUCUUCUACUCCAACUCGAUCAUUAUGAUCGUCAACGAUAUCAUCCUCUACGUUCUUCCGAUCAUUUUCACAUGGAAGCUCCAGCUGCGUCUUACUCAAAGGAUUGUUCUCAACAUGCUUUUCGCUUUGGGUGCAUUCGUUGUCGCUGCUAGUUUCAUUCGCCUGUACGUCGUCUAUCGCUACGAUCAAGAUGGUGACCUCUCGUGGAACAUCGCCUCAUGUCUCAUCUGGUCUUCUGUGGAGAAUCAUCUCGCUGUUUUCAUCGCAUGCUCGCCUUCCAUCAAAGCAGUCGUCAGCGGUGUACUCUACCCACUCGUCUCGUCACAAGUUUCGUCAUUCAAAGACAAGAUCAAGAGGUCAAGGGGUAGCGAGGGUUCUAGCUUGCCAACACACAAGUCUCCCUCUCUCACCCUGGCAACCAUCGGCUCUCGUCCCAGCCGCUUUGUGCAAAAGGUUUCGAGUUCGUCAACCGCGAACGCCAUGAAAUGGACCCCAUUGAGCGAGCAAACUCCGAGGCAACCUUGAGUUCCGCGACGUAUCGAAAAGACUCAGAGGCAUCGACUUCCUCCAAGGAACCUCAAGUACAAGUUUAUGCCGUAGAUGAAGGUGUUAGUCCUACUUCAUCUCGUUUCCCUCUACCGACGCUGGAUUCGUCGAAGUCCCAUAGCCAUAACUGAACGAUAGGAACGAUGUGGCGCUUGGGAAGAUUUAAUAACGGGUUUGGUUCUUUUCAAUGCAUUCUUCAUACCCCAAAGGCACAGUCAUGGAGCCUGGAGCGCUGUUUUCAAAAAUAAUC